GUGGCCCCAGUUAUACGUUAGCGGCCAAUCGGAACGUACAAAUAGCUUGUACUCGACCGCAAGUCUCAAAGUGCUUACAGUGAAUUAAACUUAGUGAAGAAAUAGAAAUUAGUAAAGAGGAUAAACGAGAGAACAUCCCAAAAAUUUAUACGAAAUGUACAAGGUAUCGAUUAUUCUGCUAAGCCUUUUAACAGGCACGGCUUUCGGUGCUUCAACGAACAAUUUGCUUAGGAGCACAGAGAUCAAUUUAUUGCAACUGAUGGUGGAUACGCGAGCCAAUCAACGCGCCAACCCCGAGCAAAGCUUGGCUUGCUUCGAUUAUUAUCUUAAAGUGUUCGACGACCUCAACGAAGAGUACCGACAAGGCUUUGCUGCCUGCCUUGACACAGCCGAAGAUGAUAGAAGCAAGGUCGACGCUGCUACACAACCUGAACGCGAUGCAAUUGAAGCGUCGGCCAAGUCUUCGUGUGAGGCACUGAACGUUUGCGCACAGCAUGUUGGAUCUAUCGAAUACUUCAGUUGCUUUUCAAGUACUGGCAAAGAUAAUACCGAAAGCAUGUACGAGAUUUCAGCAGAUGCUGGCGAAACUUUAGCAAAUGUACGCGAAAGUUAUCGCUUAAUAGAAAAUGCUGAACACCGCUGUACGAAUGCAUCUGAACGUGAAUAUGUGGAGAAUACCUAUAAGGCUAAUUUGGAGUUACAAAGCUGCCUUAGAGGUGAAUCGGCAGUACCGACCGUCACUCCAACCCCGGGAGAGACAGAAUCAACAGCGGCACCAACUGAGUCGACACCCGGAGAGACAGAAUCAACAGCGGCACCAACAGAGUCGACACCCGGAGAGACAGAAUCAACAGCGGCACCAACAGAAUCGACACCCGGAGAGACAGAAUCAACAGCGGCACCAACAGAGUCGACAUCCGGAGAGACAGAAUCAACAGCGGCGCCAACAGAAUCGACACCCGGAGACACAGAAUCAACAGCGGCACCAACCGAGUCAAGUCCAGACACUUCUGAACAAACAGCCACACCAACAGCGUCAACCUCGGAAGCUACGAAUGGUGAUUUUAUGCCAGAAGAAGACCUGUUUGCUAUGAGGAAACUGCUUGCUAAACUGAAAAGUAGACUAGCAUUGAGCAAAUAUUAAGAGCAUAAUAGUUGAAACCCACUAAAAAACUACAAAAAUUUAUCAUAAUCUGAACAUCUACUUUGACAGAAAAACAGUAUUAUAUAGAAAAUUGAGAAACCCUAUAUUUGAAAUUCAUUAAUAUUAAAUGUUACUUCAAGUAUUAAGAAAACCAUUUUGUAAAAAUUCGAUAGAAAUAUUAACAAAUUGUGCAUGAGCAAAAAUAAAUAUAUUCCCAUUAUUUAAAUCAA